AUGUUUUCCAAAAAAGACCUCGGCUCGAGAAAGAAGACCUUUCCAGGUCUGCCGCUAUCGAUUUUCGAAAACUCCCGCAAGCCCCAGAGAAAGGCAAAGAAAAACAGGGCUAACGUGCCCUAUAUCCACGAAGAUCCAGAGGCAGAUGUAUUCAUUAACGUAAAGAAAUUCAAGCCUUCCAAACCCGCCGCAGACCAAAGUGAGUUUGAACAUCUUGACAAGUUGCUACUGGUGCUGGACCAUGAAACAAUUGCAGAGGCCAUUACCGAGCUGAAGACAGACGCAUUUCCUGAGAACAUCUCCGGGCUUUCAAACGAAUCCAAGUUUCUGCCGCCUUCCUUGAAGGACAGCACUUCACUUGCAAGCUUGAUACUAGGGCAAGAUGCUAGUCUGGCACAGGCCGACGCUACGCGGGAAAAGUACAAAAACCAGGACUUCCCGUUGCCAAAAUCCAAGCGGGAUCUCAAGCAUAGAACCAAGCGAUUGCUUGGCAUCGUGCCAAGGCUUCUUGCGGGCGAGGAGGACUUGUCGAUAUUCUAUACGUUUGCCCACAACCAGAGCCGGAACCUGCCGCACGUGACAAUGUCGCCUGCAGAGUCGUUCGACUUGCCGUGGCUUCAGUACACUGCCGGGUUCUACGGGCUCCGCAGACAGAACUUUGUAUCCCAGCUAAUCGAGGCGGAGCAUGGCGAACUAUUGCGGAAAUCCAGGAACAAAACCGUGGUCUACUGGUCUCCAGACAUGUUCUGCACCUAUGUGUUGGCACCUGAGAUUAUUCUCAGACUUGUGAUGGAGGACAUGGCUUUGUCCAGGGAUGAGGCGGAGUCUCUUUUGCGGCAGACUGCAGACUUCGGGAGUCACGUGGCAGACGGCGUGGAGUUGGUUGAUGAUCUAGAUUUCGAUGAGCUUGAGAUCUUGACAAGAGGGAUCAGUGAACCGAAGAAAUCAGGGCCCCACGAGACAUAG